AUGGCCGCCAGCUCCUCCACUGAGGUCGGCCCCGAGGACAUGUUCCGGCCUAUUGGUGAUGAGUAUUUUACAUUCAUCACCAAGUGCCAGGACCCCAAGGCGUGCACGGUGCUGCUCAGGGGACCCAGCAAGGAUAUCCUGAAUGAGGUGGAGAGGAACCUUCAGGACGCCCUUGGAGUGGCCCGGAACUUGGCCCAGGAGCCCCGUCUGGUCCCUGGGGGCGGCUCGGUGGACAUGGCAGUCUCUAACUUCCUGCAGCAGAAGGCCAAGGGGGUGUCAGAGGUGAGGCAGUGGCCCUAUUCUGCUCUUGCCCAGGCCCUUAAGAGCUGUCUUGAAAUGCUCCUAAACUGUCUUAAUAUGCCCCUAAAUUCCCUGAACUGUCUUGAAAUGCCCCUAAAAUUCCCUGAACUGAUGGAGAGCUUCGGAUACCACACGGAGUGGGGUGAAGGAGCCAUGGGGAUGCCUGAAGGAGGGGCAGUGAAGGAGGGAGGCCUAGAGAUGAAGGAAAUGUAG